GUUUGGUUUUCUCCCUCAAGAGUCAAGAGAACACUCUGGUCAGGGCCCCCGGCCCCAAAUGCGCAAUUUGGUUUUCAACUUUUGAUUUCUUUCCACACUCGACACACACACUCCGCUUUCCUUACUCCGCCGCGGCUGGUGUCGCUGCUGUCGUCAUGAACUCCAUACGUCGAGCUAUCACUGCUGAACGAAAACGCCUCCUCACACUCUCUCCGACUUCUAUUCUCCAAAAACAGCACGCUUCUUCUUCUUCUACUACUGCUAGAAGUACGUCGCGAACUCUCAACUCCUCCAAAACUAGAGCGCCGGUAGUAAGAUCAUCAGCGCCUCCACCACCACCACCACCUUUGGCACCCACCUCAUCUUCGAAUGACGCCGUUCUGAAGGAACCAGUGACCUGGGCAAAACCUAGCGAGAUUCCGUGGCAAGCGAAGGUGGUUAAUUCGGUGAAUUUAAUUGGGCGAGUUAAGAUUCCUGUUCAGUUUGAAACUUCUUCUGAUGGUAAAAAUUGGGCCGGCACUAUCAUUUCUCAAGAUGAUGACUCUGAAUCUCCUACUUCUCUACCGUCUUUCUGGAUUCCAGUUAUAUUUGAAGGUGAUCUGGCACAUAUUGCAAUGAGCCAUCUGAAAGAAAAAGAUUUUGUACAUGUAGCUGGUCAUUUAAGUGUUGAUGUUCCACCAUUUAAACUAAGUGAAGUUCAAGCAAAUGUCCAGGUUAUGGCACACACCAUUAAUUUUGUUCAAAAGAAAACAUCUACUUCUACACCAUACAAGCUGGAUAGGUGGAGCACUAAGAAUUCAGAUGCAGCAUUUGAACAAGAAAAUGAAAGUCUGCUACUCGAUGAUGAUGCUGAAUCUCCCCAAGUCCAUAAUAAUUCAAAAGAAGUCAAAACUUUUCAUUCUGCUAAAAAGUUUGAUAAACAAAUCCCCCGUGCUUCUUGGAGAGAUCUGUUAACUAAUUCCACACAAUGGGAUGAUAACCGUGAAAAGAAACACAAGGGCUUGGUGAAAGCCAAAUACCCAGACUUCAAACACAAAGUCAGUGGUGAUGGACUAUGGCUUGACAAUGCACCACCAGAGGUUUUACAAAGCCUUGGACACUUACACUUUAAUGAGUCUGAUGGUGUUCCUUAUAACAAGGCUGUAAAAGAUGGUGAUUCUUGGAAACACUUGGUCGAAAAUCCUGGUAAUUGGUGGGACAAUAGACUAGAUAAGAAAAGUGAGAAGGCACCGGAUUUCAAAAACAAAGAUUCCGGGAAAGUGUUGUGGCUAGAUAGUGCACCCGACUGGGUAUUGUCGAGUUUGCCACCACUGCAACGUAAACCACUUGGUGUAGAUAUGAAAAAGGGAUGGGGGGUUUAGUAAUUUCCACCAACUAAAAAACCAUAUAUAUAUAUUUUUUGCAUUUUCUUUCUCUUUUUAAUUUUUUUUCUUUGCAC